UGAUUGGUCGGAUAGGUGUGACAUCACAGUGCUCUCUGCAUAUAUAAUGAGUGAGUUUGGGACGGAGUGACAGACUAAAGGAGAAGCUCUUCACCUCUUCAGUUCAACCUGCAGGUGAGUCCAGACAGACCUCAGAGCUCCUCAGAGAUCCAGACCUCAGAGCUCCUCAGAGAUCCAGACCUCAGAGCUCCUCAGAGAUCCAGACCUCAGAGCUCCUCAGAGAUCCAGACCUCAGAGCUUCUAAAGCUUCACUCCAGCACAACUCCCACAAUGAAGCUGCUUCUAGCUCUGGUCCUGGUCCUGGCUCCGAUGCUGACCAGCUGCUACCCCCCCGACCUGCCCAAGGACUGCAGCGACAUUUAUAAAGAUAAGAGCAGCCGAACCAGUGGAGUGUACACCAUCUACCCCAUCAGCUCCACAUCUCCUGUCCAGGUGUACUGCGACAUGGACUCUGUCGGAGGACGGUGGACGGUGUUCCAGACCAGGAUGGAUGGAUCAGUGAACUUCUACCGGGGAUGGGACCAGUACAAGACCGGCUUUGGGAACGCUUCUGGGGAGUACUGGCUCGGUCUUGAGAACCUCUACCAGCUGACUCUGAACCGCCCGUCCGAGCUGCUGGUCCAGAUGGAGGACUUCCUGGGAAACAGAGUGUUUGCUCGGUACACGUCCUUCUCCGUGGGGCCGUGUGAGGGGUUCAUACUGACGGUGUCCGGCUUCAUCAACGGAGGAGCAG